AUGGCGUGGCUGAUUAAGAGCAAUGGGUUCAGCAAGCGCCCCACAACGAUUGAUCCCGUCUCGGAGUCGAUGAUCACAGCGGUCGCCUCGUCCUCAUCGUUCAUGUCGAUGAUGUCCCUUAGCGAGGUCCACGGCAAAAGCGAGUGGAAAACUAAAUUCACGUUGGUCCGUUUUUCGGCCUUGCACUUAUUUCUGUUGUGGAGGCAAGGUUUGCAGAUGGCGCGCCGCUUGCGCGCCAAGGUAGUCGAGGCGGGUGGAGAAAUUAUCUGUUUCAGCGAGUUCGCAUCUUACGACGAGACACCUCUGCCAGUGAGGGUGCUCGCCGAAGAGAACGUCGUCGUGAAUGUCGGAGCAAACGGCGCAGCAAUAGUGGAACCAGGAGCCCAAAGCAUAGACUCGGCAGACGGAGUUUCACAUUUCGAUGUGAAGGCUGGCUCAAUUUACCAGGGCGUCAGUUUGGAGUUCCCUUGUCCGCUGCAGGUCAUGGACAGAGCCACGGGCGAGACCUGCGCCCAUUGCCUCGGCUGGCAGGGCAGGAAGGGCUUGGGCGACAUCUCUGCCAGACUCAUGCGGCGCGAUCGGCACGUGAUAAGUGAUUCUGACGGUGCUGUGCUGCGGGGCGAGCGGCGCCUCGCUACUAAGCGCCCCGGCGUUGGCGUGGCGCAGGGCUUCUGCAGGCUGCAUCGCAUUUCGGCGAUUGCCUCCAACGGGAUGGACAAGUUUAUGAAGGACGACGUCAGUGGAAUUACCAACGUAGCUUUAUCGUUGAAGGCUUCGGGGGCCAUGCGAAUAUUUCGCCGCGCCCUCAGGGCAGUCAUUCGUGCGCGACUUGUCGUGCUCAGGGGUUCGCCUGGUUGCGUUGCAGAUCGUCGCAGGGCUAAGCUGCUCGACGUCUUCUGUCCGAUCCACCCUGGCAACCACUCCGCCUUCAUCGAUGGGGCCGUCGUGCAGCUCUGCGCCAAUGGUAAUUGA